AAAGGGGUGCUGGGACAGCUCAGCACCCCUGGGCAGCUCUUUGCAGCUGGUCCCGAAGGGGGUUGUCCUUGCACAGCACCGAUUGUCUUGUGAGACUCACUUAUUUAAAACACACAAAUUUAAGGAGUGCAAAUUUACAUGCACAUGCAUCUGUGUGUGCAAAUGCUCCAUGCAGGGUGGGGGGAUGGCUCCUUCCUGCAGCCAGCAAGCCCCCCCUGACCCCGUGCAUCCUCCCACAGCCUGCCCAGCCAUGGCAGCCUUGCUGAGCCGCCCCUGCUUCAUCUCCCUGCACAUGCCCUACAGGCAGGGCUGGGCCCAGGACCUGGCCAACACCUUUCGCUUCCAGCCAGUGGCCGUGCGGGAGACGCCCCGGGUCCGGCAGCUGGCCUUGCGAAGGGGAUCCGCCGUCUUCCUCGUCAACCAGCGCCUGGCUCCGGGGCCUGCCAGCACUUCCUCCCAUGAUUUCCUCUACGACGUGGACCCCCGGCCUGCCUUGGGCACAGCCUCCAAUGUCUGCUUCGAGGUGGAUGACGUGCCGGGGCUCUGCAAGCGACUGCAGAGCCAGGGAUGCUCCCUGCCAGUGCCCCCCACCGAGGUGAGGGACGAUGACGGCUCUGUCACCUAUGGGGUAGCAAGCUCCAUCGUCGGCAACGUCAGCCAUACCCUCCUGGACCGAUCCCGCUACUGGGGACCCUUCCUACCUGGCUUCCAGCCCAUUCAAGGAGCCCCCUCAGCCACAGGGGACGACAUCAAGAUCACCCAUUUUGACCACAUCACAUACGUCUGCCCACGGGGCAGUGCCCGGGCGGCUCUGGACUGGUACCAGGGCUGCUUCGGCUUCCAACGCUUCUUGUUGAACCCACAGGAGAGGCCAGCUGAGGGGUACGUGCUUGGGCAGGGUGUGGGCAUGCUCCUCCUUGCGCUGCAGAGCGCCCAGGGCGCUCUGGCACACGGCUGCAAGUUUGUCUUCGCUGAGUCCCUUUCGGAGGAUGGUGCCAACCAAGUCGACACCUUCCUAGAACAGCACGGUGGGGCUGGGAUCCAGCACGUCGGCCUCUGCACCACUGAUAUUGUCACCACGACCAGGGCUUUGCAGCAGCAGGGUGCACGGUUCUUCAAACCCCCUGCCACCUAUUACAGCCAGGGCGGCAAAGCAGAGGAGAUCCGGGGGGCCGGGCAGGACCCCCGCAUGCUCGCAGAGCUCGGCAUCCUGCUGGACACCACAGCACCUGGGGACAAGGGCUGGCCAGACACUGAAGCCACAGAGAGCCCUUCCCAGGAAUAUUUGAUGCAGAUCUUCACCCAUCCCAUCUUCUCUGAGGAGACCUUCUUCCUGGAGCUCAUUGACCGGCGGGGAGCACCGGGCUUUGGGGAAGGCAAUAUACGGGCACUGUGGAAAGCUGUGCAGGUCUAUAUGGACCAGCAGCAGCAGUGUUAACACUGCAAUCCUCCUCCCUCAGCUCCCCGUCCUCUCCAGUCCAACCCUGGGGCAAGAUGCUGCUGUAGAGAUAUCAGCAGGUGUCAGUGGCAUGGCCCGGGUGGGCAGGGACCAAAGGAGUGCUCCAGGUCAGCCCAGAGCCAACUCAGUAUGGGAACAAGCUGCUCAGGGCCAAGUCCAGUGGGGCUCUGAGUAUCCCCCAGGAUGGAGGGUGCUUUCUCCCCCACCCCGGGUUCCCAGCGAUUUAUUGACCUCACGUGAAAAACUUUCUGCCUUAAUUUAACCUUAAUUUAACUAGACUUGUGCCUGCAGCAUGGCCAAGAACACUGCUGGCACAGCAACACUCCUGGACGUACGGGGAAAAGGGGCUGUCAGAGGGACUGAAUAGCCCAGGGGCCACGGACACAGCCCCUCAUCAAUGGUUACCACCCAGAGCAUGGCCAGCCCCUGUGCAGGGCAAGUGGUGGCCUCUUGCUCCUCUCAAUUAAAGAAUUAACUUGCAAGCAUUGCUUUGGUUAUUUUCUCCUCCCACAUAAGAUAUGCUAAGUGCCAGGCAAGGAUGAAAUGGCUCUUUUCACCCUUUGAAGCGAGCUGCCCCCAGUCCUUCAAGUACCUAAAUUGAGGCCACUUGCCCCUUGUGCACCCCCCCAGGGCUGGCCCCUGUUCCUGUCAGCUCCCAGGCUUGUGC